UUCCACUGAUAGCUCCAAAGGUCUUCCCUUAUCUAAGAUAUGUAUGUUUGACUUUAGAGUUGGAUUAGUUUCAACUCAGCCACUCAGCCGUUCAGCCAACUGCUUAGCUGGCGCCAAAGCAAUCUCGCCUCGGGUUCGAGGAAUACCUAGUUUCCACUGGGAUGACACGAAUUAGGCCAUGCAUCAACGCCAUAACAUGCUGCAGCUUUCCCUAUUAUCCUUGGUGUUGGCCUUAACGCCUGUCCAAACCCAAAUUCCAAAUGGACGAGGUCAAGACCAAGAACUGUGGAUUGAUCAAGAACCGUCAUAUCCAAUUCCCGGUAGGGAAGUACCGCUAAAAGAUCUUCUGGAGAAAGGGGCGUCCUUUGCAGAGCCCCAAUGGGAAGGUCAAGCUCCUCGGCAACAAGGAUUUGAACCACAGGAAUGGCCACCAAUCAAUGAGAAAAUACAAACUGGGGAGAACUCUUUUGUCGAGGCAUUGCUCAGAUCCGCCCACCCUCGGGCGGGGAACUGACAAUGCACAAUUUUGGAGGUCCACCACCUGUACCAGGCAUGGGUCUUCCCCAACAAAGACCAGAAAUGAACUACCCAAAUCAACCUAUCAGCGAUGGGUUCGAUGACUGGAUAAUUCCAUCUCCAAACCAAUUCCCACACAAGCCGGACGAAGUGCAAUGGAACAAUCCCGGUCAAAUGUUUCCUCUUCAAAUGAUUCCACCGCCGUUCCAAGAGCAGGAAGCUUACCCUCCCGGCUUUCCUCCGUGUCCUUGGGAGCAGCCUAACGAUUGCGACGAAGGCCCCAUGAAUGGACCGCCUCAGCUUAUACCAAUAUGCAACGAACAAGUCUGCGCCGACAAUUGCCUUCGCCAUUUUGGAUACCACCAAGGAGCUUGCAUUAAUAAUGAGUGCUAUUGCAAAACGAAGCCAGGAGUGGAGAACCCAACACCAGACACUACCCCAAUGCCAGGCAUUGUCGUGCCCGAGGAUGACAACCAGAAUUGGAAUUACGACAACCAAGAUGAUUGGGAUGACAUGUUCCCUCAAUGUGGGCAAUCUCCUCAAAUCCAGCAAAGUCCCAUUGAUGUGACAGACAACUUAAUGCGAGAUCUUACAAGGAAGAUUUACCUCCAAGAUUACGACGCACAGGUUUCCAGUAUAAUUCAAAACACUGGCCACGGAGUCCGAUUGUUGAUACAAGGGGCAAGACUUCCUGUCAUUCAAGUUACCAACGACUUCAGCAUCGGCGGAGUUGCUCUCGAGAAACGGGUGUUUGUUCUCGCGGCGAUUGACAUUCAUUGGGGAUCAUCUGAGCAUGCACUGAAUGGACAGAAAACGGACGCCGAGAUCCAGUUUCAUCAUUUUGAUUGGGCUUUGAACCAUUUCCAGACGGCAUUGAAUACUCCGGGUGGAGUACUGUCAAUGGCUGUUCUUCUAGAGAAAUCGGACGGAGUUUCCGAUCUACCGGCGGAGGUCUUCCGUGGUUUGCAAAAUACUACAGAGCCGUCUGAAACAGGUAUCCUAUCGGAUCUAACCAAAUUCUAUUGGAGUUCGGAGCUCAUCUCUGGCACAUUUGGGGUGUACCGUGGCUCGAUGACCAUGCCUCCUUGUUUACCAAAUAUCAAUUGGUUGGUGUCAUCCCAUAUCUACAGGAUUAACCAAAAACAGUUGGACGUUUUGAAAUCCCUGAAGAACGAAACCGGGGAUUUCAUGCUGAAUACUUACCGAGAUCUUCAAACAAACUUGGGACUUGAAGUGGGAAAACCAGACUUCAACGGUGAAAAACCAUAAAUUCCAGGCCAGAGGCAGACUUCAAAAUUUACGUCGUAACUUGAUGUAACCAGAACCUCUCAACCUCAAAUUUUGUGCAACCAUUUCAACCCUAUUUACUCUCAUAAUAAUUUUGAUUCAACAAGCAAUAAAUCGAUCCCUUUUUGGCAGA